AUGCAUCUUGAUCCCACUCGUCGGGAACCUCUUCUACGGGAACAUCUUCCCAGAAAGGGGCCUACAAAGCUACCUCUUGGGAAAGUUCACACUCAUCCACGAACUGCUUCUACCGGAAAUGAGGAUGCGAGCCUGUCAUUUGUGGGCACCGCAACGACGAUAUUGGAAUGGCAAGGCAUCCGGAUCCUGACGGAUCCAAACUUUUUGCACGCCGGCGACCACGUCCAUCUAGGGCCAGGCGUAAACGCCGAGCGGAAGACCAAUCCCGCUAUUGAUCUCGAAGAGCUCCCCGAAAUCGAUAUAAUUCUUUUGUCGCACUAUCACGAGGACCAUUUCGACCGGCUGGUCGAAAAGUCUCUGAACCGAAAGGUGCCCAUUAUCACGACACCGCACGCGAAAACAUGCUUGACUUCCUCUGACCUCAAGGACGAACCUUUCGAAAGAGUGGAGGGUUUGGAUUUCUUUCAGAACACUACGCUUGUUAUAUCGGACCCUUCCAACCAGUCGCAGGACAAAAGUGCAGCAAUCAAGAUCACAGCCAUGCCAGGCAAACACGUCCCGCCCGGGCCACUUGCUGUCGCCAACGACUUCUUAGGAGCGGUGCCACCCACUAACGGGUGGAUGUUGGAGCUGGGACAUGUUCAUCCAACCAGCGUCCCGGCAAAUAAUGCAUCUUUGGAUACCGGAUACCGCAUCUACAUCUCCGGCGACACAUUAUUGGUCGAUGAUCUCAAAAAGAUUCCCGAGUGGCUGAAAAAUGAGCGCAUCGAUUUGAUGCUGGUUCACCUGGGCGGCACAACUAUUCCCGGCCGAUCAGCCCCUCUGCUGAUGGUAACGAUGGACGCUAAACAGGGUAUACAGCUCAUGAAACUGCUUGAUCCGGACGUAACAAUUCCGAUUCAUUAUGAUGAUUACGACGUGUUUAUGUCGCCGCUAGAUGAUUUCAAGAAAGAGGUGGAUGAGCAGAAGCAGAGGGACAGAGUGGUAUAUUUGGACCGCGGCGAGCAUUAUCGUUUCAAAGUGCGUGAUGGACAAUAG